ACCUUCCCUUGUCCCCAAGGGGGUGACACUGAUCUUUCCAGUGUGUGACACAGACCCUGAAAGGAGGCCUCAACAGCCACAAAUAGAGCAGGAAUCCCAGACCACCAUGGGGAUCUUGUCUGUAAUGUUUACAAUGAACUGUCCUUUGUAUUUCUGAGAGAGACAAGGGAAAAUUGCGAUAGAUUUGAAAAGCAGCGUAUUCCCAGGAGAAGAGCGGAUACAGAUGAUUUGUACUUAUGAGAAGAGAUGUGGCGGCCCAGCGUGAAGAACAAUGGGGCAAGCUCCGCUGCCAAUGUGCCAUUUCUGGAGAGGCCUCCUCUGGAGUGGAGUUCAGUCUUCAUUGCCCAUUCAAUUCAAGAGCUGUCUCUUUUCUGCCCUCGGAGUAUGAUUCCGUUCAAGAUUGGGCAGCCCAAGAAACAGAUUGUACCCAAGACGGUGGAGAGAGACUUCGAAAGGGAAUAUGGGAAACUUCAGCAGCUGGAAGAUCAGACCAAGAAACUGCAGAAGGACAUGAAGAAGAGCACAGAUGCAGAUGUGGCCAUGUCGAAAUCAGCUGUGAAAAUCUCUUCAGACCUGCUGUCCAACCCACUCUGCGAGCAAGACCCCAAUUUCCUGGCGAUGGUAACAGCCCUGGACACUGCCAUGAAGAGAAUGGACUCUUUCAACCAAGAGAAGGUGAACCAAAUCCAAAAGACGGUGAUAGAGCCCUUGAAAAAGUUCAGCAGCGUGUUCCCCAGCCUGAACAUGGCAGUGAAGAGACGUGAGCAGACGCUGCAAGACUACAAGCGGCUGCAGUCCAAGGUGGAAAAAUACGAAGAGAAGGAGAAGACCGGCCCCAUCCUGGCCAAGCUACACCAGGCCCGUGAGGAGCUGAGGCCGGUGAAGGAGGACUUUGAAGCCAAAAACAAGCAGCUUCUGGAGGAGAUGCCCAAGUUCUACAGCAGCCGCAUCGACUACUUCGAGCCCAGCUUUGAAUCAUUGAUCCGAGCUCAGGUUGUGUACUACACUGAAAUGCACAAGAUCUUUGGAGACCUGACAGAGCAGAUUGAUGAGCCAGGCCUCACCGAUGAGCAGAGGGAGAAAGAGAAUGAAUCCAAGCUGAGUGAGCUGCGGGCCCUGUCCAUUGUGGCUGAUGACUGACUGCUCUCGUCACACACAGGAUGGAGACUGACUCUAGGUUUGAACUCCAAGACAAGGUACACCGCAACUUUUGAUGAUGGGGGAAAGAGUAAUACCCUGCACUGUACAAGAGCAAGAGAAGGGGAAACCAUUUCUGGCUACCUCAUGCAAUGGGCCUAGUGGUCUUCAGCCAGGUGCUCGCCCAUGGACCUAUUUCUUAGAAAUCUAAAAGUAGUAAACAACACUAAUAAAGAUGCCUUGUUUUAACUGCAAA